AUGUUCGCCCGACAGUGCUCCCGUCUCGUCUCCUCCCGCACCGCCGUCCCCUUGACCUCUUUCCUCUCCCGCGCGAGACCCUAUUCUUCCGCUACCUCGGCAUACGAGCAUAUCCUCACCUCCACCCCGAAACCCGGCGUUGGACUGAUCACAUUGAACCGCCCGAAAGCCCUCAACGCCCUGUCCAGUCCCCUCUUCACCGAAAUCAACGAUGCACUCUCCAAAUACGACGCCGACAAGGACAUCGGCGCCAUCGUCAUCACCGGCAGUGAAAAGGCCUUUGCCGCCGGCGCCGACAUCAAAGAAAUGGCCCCCCUGACCUUCUCCGCCGCCUACUCGAACAACUUUAUCGCGCCCUGGUCACACCUCGCCAACAACAUCCGCAAGCCCGUCAUCGCCGCCGUGUCCGGCUACGCCCUCGGCGGCGGCUGCGAGCUCGCCCUCAUAGCAAGGCGAUGGAGUUGA